UGGAACCGUCGUUCGCCGUGUUUACGUCCGUUACCUAAUCUCCCCUCGACGCUCGCGUUCUCCUAGUUUCCGCGCGCAGUAGCCCCGUCCGCAGCGAGUAGCGCGUUUCGCCCGUAUCUCUAACCUAUUACCGACGACCACCGCACGCGAGAGAGAUGAAUGCUAUGCUCCUUUGAUAGGGACUACCGUCGUACAACAAUUAGACACAGGACCGUCCGUCGGCCCAUCAGCAUCGUCAGGGACGUCAUCGAACCAGCGAUCGGAGGCUGACGAGCGGAAACGCGACGUUCGCCCUAAGUAUAGAACCACCUCGUUUUUACGCAGUUGCCUAGUACACGCGGUUCGUCGUGAAUUCACACCGCUCGCGCGGAUAUGUGGGGUGUGGCUGCCGGUUGGUUUUUUGUUUGCAAAACGAUCCCGAGACUACGUCUCGGCCGCGAAUCGUAGACACGCGGCGCGCAAACGAGUCAAGGUUAGGCGAAUUCGUGGGACGAGAACGGUGGUGAAUCGUGUUGCCGUGCCGACGGAUUUUAACCUAGACCGUAGCACGCGUGUUUCGUGCAUCGUGAGCGAUUCUUUGUUAUUCCUUGUUUUUGUUCCCUGCGAUAUCUCGUGAUGCAAUGAGGCAGCGACACGCGUCAUUUCCGCCCGAGUUGUGUUUGAAUUACGAUUUGUAGACAUAUAUACUACAUUAGUGCGUAUAGUAAUGUCUGUCCCUUCCUCGUCCUCCAACAAUAUAUCUGACAAUAACAAACUAGGCGGUACUAGUCCUAGUCCAAUCGAGGGUAUCGAGGGAAUUCCAGGGCCAAGUUCUUUGGGUCCUAUGCAUGCUGUUGUGUUGCCACAAGACGAAGAAUCUGAGGAUUAUGGAGAUGAAGGGGAUGAAGAUGAUGAAGACAGUAGUGAUGCAGAAAGUGGGAUUAGUGACAUUGGGUUGUUUUGUGAUGCCGAAUGUACAGCAGAAGUUGAGGGCAACAAUAGUCAAUCUCCUGUGUUGCAGUCUCAAUCAGUGCUCCCUGAGCAAAUUCAAAGUUCAAUAUUGCAUACCUGUGUGUCAUUGGACAUUGUUCAGCAUCAAAGAAAGCGAAAAAGUGAGACAGAGAGUUGUCUACCAUGUAAAAAGCUUAUUCCAGAGGAAAAGUCUCAUUCAAUGACCACAAGAAAGCUAGAUGAUAAGGGUAAACAUGUAAGAUGUGUCAUUCCUACCAAGGAUAAUCCUCCUCCGGAGAUGAACAAUUGGCUUUUGCAAUUUCAGAGGUGGUCAAACGCGGAAAGAAUGUUAGCGAUAGACGAAUUAAUUGAGCGGUGUGAACCCACGCAAGUGCGUCACAUGAUGCAAGUGAUAGAGCCGCAGUUCCAACGAGACUUUAUAUCGCUACUGCCAAAAGAGUUAGCGUUAUCGGUGUUGGCCUUUCUAGAGCCCAAGGAUCUCUUGAGAGCAGCACAGACUUGUCGGAAUUGGCGCUUUCUCGCAGACGACAAUCUACUAUGGAAAGAAAAAUGCAAGGCCGCCGGUAUAGAAGACUUGAAGGACCUGCCGCUGCCUAAACGUAAGAACUGCCGUAAUAGCAGUCACAACUCGUCACCGUGGAAGCAGGCCUAUAUGCGCCAGCAUAAUAUCAAGAUGAACUGGAGAACGAAACCAAUCCGUACGCCAAAAGUGCUGAAAGGUCACGACGACCACGUUAUCACGUGUCUCCAAUUUUCGGGAAAUCGGAUUGUUAGUGGCUCGGACGAUAACACGUUAAAAGUGUGGUCUGCUGUCACGGGCAAGUGUUUACGGACAUUGGUAGGACAUACUGGUGGCGUGUGGUCUUCGCAGAUGUCUGGCACGAUCGUUAUUAGUGGUAGUACGGACCGUACGUUGAAAGUGUGGAACGCGGACACCGGUCAGUGUAUUCACACUCUUUAUGGUCAUACGUCGACGGUGCGGUGUAUGCAUCUACACGGUAACAAGGUCGUCAGUGGUAGCAGGGACGCAACGCUCAGAGUGUGGCAGGUAGACACUGGGGAGUGCUUGCAUGUGCUCGUGGGACAUCUAGCGGCGGUCAGAUGUGUGCAAUAUGAUGGGAAGUUGGUGGUCAGUGGUGCCUACGACUAUAUGGUUAAGGUUUGGAAUCCGGAACGCGAGGAGUGCCUUCAUACCUUACAAGGACACACCAACCGUGUUUAUUCCCUCCAGUUCGACGGUGUGCACGUUGUUAGCGGAUCGUUGGACACAAGUAUAAGGGUGUGGGAGGUGGAAACCGGUGCUUGUAGACACACCCUGAUGGGCCAUCAGUCUCUCACUUCGGGGAUGGAACUGCGCAAUAAUAUCUUAGUGUCGGGCAAUGCCGAUUCUACCGUUAAAGUAUGGGACAUUGUUAGUGGUCACUGCCUUCAAACUCUUUCCGGUCCAAACAAGCAUCAGUCGGCGGUCACUUGCCUACAGUUCAAUAGCCAUUUUGUGAUUACGUCCUCCGACGACGGUACGGUAAAACUAUGGGAUGUUAAGACUGGUGAAUUCAUUAGGAACCUAGUUGCUCUGGAAAGCGGUGGCAGCGGCGGCGUCGUAUGGAGAAUUCGAGCGAGUGAUACGAAACUAGUGUGCGCAGUAGGUAGUCGUAACGGUACCGAGGAGACGAAACUUCUUGUUCUCGACUUCGACGUUGAGCAGCAUUUGUCAAUGAUGGAAGACAACAGCGGAGCUGCAUCGUGCGAAACUUCGGGGCAAAAUGACAUUAUUUGAAGAAUCUCAUACAUCCCCCGGAGCAAACGACAAAAUAGAGCCGACGACAAUUCCGAUACACAUCAUUUGGACUGUACAGAUUCCCCUUGUUUUUCUUUUUUCUUUUUUAAUGACAAAAAACUUCCAAACACUUGUUACACCAAGUUAUAAUGUUUAUAAUAAUUUAUUGGUUGAUCUAUCUAACUGUCUUUGCAGCUUUAACCUAAUCCCGAUAUAACUUUACACCUCACUUACUACUACUUGUACAAGCAUCGAUCUGGUUAAAGACAAAUAUUUUUAUAAACGUUUACAAGUCGAUAUUUUCAUAUUGUUGACGUUUUGAAUGGAAGCAUAUGAAACACUUUCACCAAUUGGAAUCACAAAACGACUCUAAACGAGAAUUUAAUUUAUAAAGUUUUUUUUCUGUAGCAAAAAAAAUACUUUUCUGUCACGGUGCAAUAAUACAAAAAAAAAAUAGCACAGUCAUUCGUGUGCAAUAGCGGGAUGAUGAACAGUACAAGCUUUUACCUUUAUCAAAUAGCAGCAAUGUCCAACGUAUGAAUUUUAUAACAUGCAGUAUCAGUGCAUGACUUAAUCAACAGCAGUGGCGAGUAGAUUUGCCUUGAGAGAGAGAGAGAGAGAGA